CGCACAACCGGUUGUCUAGCAGCGUAGUGUGCGUGUUGUGUUGUGUGAUUCUCUUGCUUUACGGAGAACCGCGUUCGCUUGCUCAUUCAAUUCUAUUCUAUUUUUCCACCACAAAGGUCGUGAUUUCCUUUCCCGGAGCUGCGAAAGGUGUCCGUGAGUUGCGUGCGAACAGAAUCGUGAAAGGGUCCGAAUAUUAAGCAGCAAAUUAGGUCUGUUCAGUUCACAGGACUUACACCUUUGUGAGCCCCGUUUUUGGCGGUCAUUCUUUUAUCAGUGUUUUAUUGUUUACGUUUUUAAGCUAAUGCUCGUCUUUAAGAUUGUGUUUUAAAUCGAAAGAAAACACAUGUUUUGAAAGGAAAUUGUUUUAUAGAGGCGCGUGACUUUCAUUCUCUGAUGUGCUCCUGUCCAUCCCGUACGCUACAUUAGGCAGACGUACCAAUUCUUCUCUCUUACGUACACUAUCCGUUUCGCGCCUCGUAGAAGAAAAAAAAACGCGUGAAACAUUGUGAAAGAGAUCGUGUUGUUUAUCGCGUUUUGUGAAGUGGUGAGCUGCUAGUGAACGAAUACUGUGCGGAUAGUGUACGUUGGCCCUGCGAGAAUCUGUCUAUCGCUUCACCAUAAUCGCUCUCAACAGAGGUCAAACGCAAUCGAGGCACGACUUAAUAUUCCCUUCCGAGAUAGCAGAACGGUAGCAAACGCAAAAGAAUAACCAAAGUGUACCGUGUAAGUGCGUAAAACAAGAGGAAAGAAAGAAGAUGUCCUCGUUAAACCGCGAACUGUCCGAGGACAGUGCGUUUGCCGCUGGUCGCAACAGUUGGAAUCGCCACUAUCAUAACAGCGUCGUGCAGCCUCUUUUGACAGAUCUGUAUCAAAUAACUAUGGCUUACGCGUACUGGAAGUCGGGCAAAAUCGAUGAUCAUGCCGUUUUCGAUCUCUUCUUCCGCACGAACCCAUUUCAAGGCGAGUUCACGAUCUUUGCCGGAUUGGAGGAGUGUUUGAAAUUUCUAGACAGUUUCCACUACUCAGAAACAGACAUCGAGUAUCUCAAGCAUGCCCUACCCCAAGGCAUAGAGGACGAGUUUUUUGAGUACUUGAGCCAGCUAACCGCUAAGGACGUCACCUUGUAUGCAAUCGAAGAGGGAUCGGUAGCUUUUCCAAGAGUUCCCUUGAUCAAGGUGGCAGGACCGUUGAUUAUAGUGCAACUGCUUGAAACGACGCUUUUGACACUGGUGAAUUACGCAAGUUUAAUGGCCACAAAUGCGGCGCGUUAUCGUAUGGUCGCCGGGAAGCACAUACACCUGCUCGAGUUUGGAUUGCGCCGUGCCCAGGGCCCGGACGGAGGACUUUCUGCGUCGAAAUAUUCGUAUAUCGGCGGUUUUGAUGGCACAUCGAACGUGUUGGCCGGAAAGCUGUUUAACAUUCCAGUGAAGGGUACUCAUGCUCACGCCUAUAUUACAUCGUUCACCGGAAUCGAUGAGCUGAAGACGCGCGUUCUUCAACAUAAGGAAGAUGGUACUACGCGUGAUUUGCUUGAGCUGGCCAUGGAACAUCGGGCCGCAUUAGCAAGCGUACUGGACGUCUCUACAGACGAGAGUAGUGAGGGCGAAUUGGCAGCGAUGGUGUCCUUUGCGAUCGCGUUCCCGGAUGGGUUUAUGGCACUAGUCGACACGUACGAUGUCAAGAGCGAUAAGCUGCUUGGGGAACCGACGGAGGAACUUUGCGAUCCAACCGAUAGUGUUGUGUGUGAUUUGUCCUGCUUGGGUCGUCUGCACGAUCAGGCGGAAGAGGAAUUGAUGCAUACAUCGAACACCAUUACCAAUACGUUGCCUGAAAUACCGGAAGAAGAGUGUAACGGUUGCUGUGCGGAAGAUGAGGAAAAUCGCUGUGCUCAACAUGCUGAACCAGAGGCAGGAGAAGAAGAAGAAGAAGUACAAGAGGAAGAAAAUGCUGAUGAAAAAAGUAACGAACAGCCGGAGCAGGAACCGGACGAAUCCUGCCAUGAUCCACCACCUUCUAUUACUGUGGAAGAUGAAGAAUCUACGCCAGUUGUAGAUCCCGAGCUGACGAUGAAAGAGAGCGAUGAAAAUGGCAAUGAAGACAUUGAAGAUCAAAAUGAACGUAAAGCAACAGAUGAGGGGAUCGAACUUGAAGCGCAGAAUGAUACUGAAGCUCCGGAAGGAGAGGAUGAGAUUACCCGUUGUUCGAACUGUGAAGCGCUGAACACCAUGAUUCAUCAUCUAAAAACCGUUGGAAAGUCCUUCAGCCGGACGUGCUGGCUUGAGCGUCACCUAGCAGAGAUCAGUAGAAUUGUGUCACAUAUAGAAGUGCUCAGCUAUUACGACCUGACGAGCCAUCAUCACUUAUCGAGGAGUGGUUUGCUGAACUUUUGUGCCGUUGCACUAGCGCUAAAUGACCAAGGAUACCGGGCAAUCGGUAUUCGCAUUGAUUCCGGUGAUCUGGCGUACCUGAGUUGCCUUGCGCGCGAAACUUUCGAGCGUAUUGCCGAACGUUUUAAGCUGCCCUGGUUUAGCAAGCUCACUAUUGUCGCCUCCAACGAUAUCAACGAGGAUACGAUCCUGAGCCUGAACGAGCAGGGCCACAAGAUCGAUUGCUUUGGAAUUGGGACGCAUCUGGUAACCUGCCAGCGUCAACCCGCUCUCGGUUGCGUGUACAAGAUGGUGGAGAUCAACAAUCAGCCACGCAUCAAGCUAAGCCAGGACGUGGGCAAGGUAACAAUGCCGGGCAGCAAGAACGUGUUUCGGCUUUACGGUGCAGAUGGACAUGCGCUGAUUGAUCUGCUGCAGCGUGUCGAUGAAAAUCCGCCAGAGGUUGGCCAGAAGGUGCUGUGCCGUCAUCCAUUCCAGGAGUCGAAGCGUGCGUACGUCAUUCCGACACAGGUGGAACCAUUGUACCGGGUGUACUGGACGGAGGGACGGGUGGCACAGGUGUUGCCCUCGCUCGAGGAAGUCCGUGAGCGUGUGCAGGCCUCGCUAAGGACAUUGCGUCAGGAUCACAAGCGUACACUGAAUCCGACCCCCUAUAAGGUGGCCGUGAGCGAUAACCUGUACAACUUCAUACACGAGCUGUGGUUGCAGAAUGCACCAAUCGGAGAACUCUCAUGAUAAGUCGGCUUUUGUAAGCAAAUGACCCGACAACACGACGAGCUGUUUCGGCACCUUCUAAAGGUGUGCAGUGUACUCCUCGAGAGCAACAUUGAUGCAGUGUUGUUUUUGUUUUUUAUCAUGUUUUGUUUAUCGUUUUUAUUUAACCCACUCGAUUGCAAACCGUUUUUUCUUUGUUACCCAGGCCGAUGUAAGUUUUGCGGUUCGAAACCGUUCGGAAACUGUUUUCUGCAAACAGUUUCAUUUUCGAACUUCGUGCGCCUAUAUGAAUAAGACUCUUGCGCGUAAGGUCUUCUAACGUGACGGUUACGAUUUAUUUCUUGUGUGUUGUGUGCGUAGUACUAGUUUGUAGGUCGAACAUUUGUGAUCCCUUUGUGACGUAUCAAAGCGAUACGAUUCCCGAUCUGACUUUGCGUCGAAUUACGAGUAUCGUAUAUGACCGUGGGGUAGAACGUUCUACCAAACAAACAAAAAAUCCGCGAUCGAAUUUGUUGGUUGCGCCAAGUGCAAUUGUGUCGUGUAGUAGCAGAAACAUAAGCAAUAGCAAUAAUGUUUGUUGGUCAUGCUCUCAUCCCGGCAACUGCCAUCGAGACAGGACGUGUUUCCACUGCGCUGGAUGUUAUGUAGCUCUUGCAAGCCAUAGGUUUGAGUGAAAGCUUAUUUUUAAUCGAAUAAAACAGCACCAGAUAAUACACAUAAACUAAGGCAACUCCCCCCCCCAAAAACACAUUGCUAAAGCAAAUAUUUACAGUCAUUCCGUUCCCGUAGAACUCUUGUCGAAAGUGGAGAGAAUGUUGGGAAAUAGCUGUUACAGAUAUUGUCGAUAAUGGAUAGCGUUGUAUCAUUAUAAUCUCCACUCUGUACCUAUUUGCAUCGCAAGCAAAUGUGCAGUAGAAAAGGGAAAAACAAAUGUUUUUGUAAAAGAGUAAAUGCAAUCCUUCUUGAAGGACAUUUUGUACGCUAAAUUCUGCACGUAGAUUUGGACGUUCGAUUGAUAGGGGUAGGACAAAAUACUCUACAAUCGAACACUUUAGCAUAUCUUCCAUAAAACCCAACUAGGACAUGAGAGGAAGAACGCAGCGAUUGUUUAAAAUUGGCACACCAGUUGCGUAGGUACUAAACUAGACCACGAGUCUUGUGAUAUUGACGUAUUUGUGGCGUAGCUGUGAGUGUUUAAAUUAUAGAACUAUUUAUCAACCGUUGACUAAUGGAAAGAUGAGAUCCGGGAAAACAAACUUAUUGGAAAAUCACAAUUUUCAUCAAGGAUUUGGUUGAGCAGAUUUCAGUGAAAACUAAACGAAAAAUGAGUGUUUAAUAUGUAGAAUUCCAUUUGGGGCACAUAUGUGUGCAAAAUUUUGCUAAUGCAAACAUCACCGUGCCUUACAAGUAAAUACAGGAUUCACGAAGGAUUCAGAGUAGCUCGGCUGCUUGCUGCAACACGCAACGAAAUACAUGCACACAAUUGUAACGAUGAAAGCACAGUAAUGAUACAUCCCUACUGAAGUUCGUAUGAUAAACGCAUUGCCAGAAAUGUGAUAGUUCUCUAUUUUUAUUCUCUAGUUUUUUUAUUUCACACACACCAACACGCAAAUAUGAUUACCGGUUAAAACUCCUUUAAAAAUAAGCUUUCAUUACGAUUCUUCUAUUAUGCUUUUCUUAAGAUUUCGCGUACGAUGUUUUCAAAUGUUCUUGUAACGAUGUCAAACACUAGCCUCUAAAGUAAGAUGUAACUUUACACUCUCAACUGCACUGCACGAUGCAUUCCUAACCAGGGGCAAGCAACAACCAGUUAAAAUGAGUUCUAUUCCUCAAAACACAUGUACUACACCGUUGUAACUAAAGGCAGACAAAAACACUUGGAAAGCGGUAAGAACAAACCCGUUCUUUUGGACUUCACUUUUCACUCUCCCAAGGGUAGUUGUUUUUUUGUAUGGAAUACACUUAGUGAUUGUUGGUAUUAUGGUGGUAGCUGCGAGCUACAAAACAAACACGAAUAUAUAUAGUACACAAUGUUAAAUGUGAAGGUAACAACACAUAACUGCAUCAUGGCGGAAUGGAAUAAAACUGUUUUGGGGAUAGUAGAUGGAGGAUGGUACGGCUUAA